AUGAAAAACAGAUGUUCACCAGAGUCAUUACUAUCUAUAAUCCUUGGGUUGAGCAAAGAACAAAAAGAAUGUGUAAGAUCUAUGGGUUUUGGAGCUUUAUUAAAAAUGAAAAUCACAGAUAUACCACUGAAGCUGGGAUUUUAUGUUCUUCAAAAAUUUGAUUCUGAGAGAAUGGUGAUAGAUAUUGAAGGAAAGGAACUGAAAGUAACAGCAGAGUCUGUUCAUGACAUGUUGGGCAUACCAAUUGGUGGAACCAUACUUACACAACUGGAUCAAUGGCCUAAGUGUGACAACUCGAAUUUCUAUCUGGUACAACCAUUCACCUCAUUAGAAGUCAGAUUUGUUUUUGCUAACUUUUAA